AUGCGCUAUGGAUGGCCCGUCAGCAAGCUGAAACCCGUGGACAUCCAAGGAAAUGCUUCCCAUCCUUGCAGAGGGCGAUCGCCAAAUGAUAACUCGGGAGAGAAUUACUAUUUGGCUCGCAAGAGCAACGCUCUGAGUUUUCGCGACAUUGAGGAGUGCAAGGCCAUGUGCUCAGCCACCGCUCGGUGGGAGUUUAACCGUCGUUGCACGGGCAUCGAGUGGUCGCCUGGUCGCUGCGAGCUCUGGCAGGUGAUGAUUGAAGCUGUGAACCCGGCCGUCAGCACAUGUGGCUCAAACCACAGGAGCCUCAUCCGUCCCGGCAUCUGCCAAACACAUCACUUUUCAUUCACGAUGCGGUUCUGGUGGCUGGCCCUCUCCAGCCUUACCAGCCAGGGCAUUCGCGUGCAGGAAAGCGAGGGUCUGCAGCGCUUGGUGGGGAAUUGCAUUCAACCUUGGCUACCAGAUGAGACCGCCUGCUCCGCCCGAAGCAUGAGAGAGAUGCCAAGCCUCCCUGAGGAUGCAGUGUACACAGUGGAGUAUGCCAGUUCUCCAAUCAGCAGCAACGGCCUCAAGUCCCUGUCCCAGCUCCUCUCCUUCACCCACUCUGCCCUGGUCAUCACAGAGGCCUGGCAGACCUCGGCCGAGCAGACUGUUCCCUCCGCCUUGCUCUUCGAGUACUUCGCUCGAGACUUUGGUCCGAAAGCCAUCCUCCCCGCUUCCAUCUCGGAGGGAGGCGUCCCCAUGUGGGAGAACCAGGCGGUGGUGGGCUGGCGCCUCGCUUCAGACAAAGCGGAGUGGUUGCAGGGUGCGAAUAGGACCGCCGUAGGCACAGCCACUGGAAAGAUCUUGAACCAGUGGUUCAGGGAGGUGGUCUUGUGGGGGAAAAGGCAUCCUGGCUACAACCUUUUCAACUUGUGGGAUUCUACCGAUGCGGCGACACGGAAGUCGUACAUGGGAGACAGCGUCUGCCACUCUUUCACGGAGUGGAGCUUGCAAGACCUCUUCCGGCUUGGAGCCGACUUUUUGGUUCAGAGGCCAUUGUGCCGCAACUACUUCUCUUUCAUCACAGACGAGAGUCCGACGAAGCUCAACUUGACGACUCGGGCGGACUCGCAGACCGUCGCGGAGUUCUACAAACGCCUCGAGCCACUGACCUCCCAGAGCUUUCGUGACAUCGCAGAGUUCGCGUCGAACCUUCUCAGCGUGAUAAAAGGCGAGACCUGGGAGAGGCAGGCAGCAGCAGCAGCGGCAGCAGCGAACAGCGCCGUGAGCUCUCGGAGGCCCGAAGUCGUCCUCUUCCAACGUGGCCUGGAGGACUCUGGGGGCGGAGAGUACUUCCGUGCAGAUCUGGUGAAGCCCUACUUCGGAGUGCAGCCGCGUCAGCUGGCUCAGAGAAUGAUCUUGCCGUGGCAAAAUAUCCCAACGAACAUCGAUGGCGAGUGUGAAAGCCAAAUCUUGAGGACUUUAACGCCGUGGUGA